CUGUCUCAUCUGCCAAACAUGAAUCUGUCAAAGUGACAACGUCAGCGUUUAGUUUAAAAUCAUGAAUUUUAUAAUAGAAAACGAUGAGUUUUUCAAACAUUUUCUUUCAUCCGAACCUAAAAAUAACAAUGUUAUUGAAAAUAUUUUGGUAUCGGAACAAAUCAAAAAACUAUCAGAUGGUAUAAAUGUCUUAAAUACUGAACUACAAAAUCAAAUUAAUUUAAAGCACAAAGAUUUAUUAAGUCAGGCGUCAUGUAGCAGUACUUUAGAAACACAAUUAGUCGAUAUUCAAAAUCAUGUACAAAGUUUACAUUCGGGAGCUGAGAAAAUUAAACGAUCUAUUACAGAACCGUAUAAAAUUUUAGAAUCAGAUAUUCACAUUCUACAAAGAUUACACAGUGCAUGCCAUAUUUUACGAUAUGUAGCACUAAUGCAACAAUGGCUACGUGAAUUGGAUAAAACAUCUGAUCAAAUAGCUCAAGCAAAAAUUAUCAAUAAUUUAACUGAAUUAGUACAGGAUCCAUUAUUGUCUGAUGUUGAAAUUAUUUCUGCUAAUAUUCGACAAAUUCAUUUAAAACGACAACAGUUAUCAAAAUUAGCUAAAUCUCAAUUAAAACAAGCUGUAAUUACUGAAAAUAAAACACAAAUGAUGACAUUUAUUCAGAUUUUAGCCAAUUUACAAAUUUUAAAUAACGAAAUUGAAGAACUUGUUAAAAGUAUGAUAAACGAUAUUUCAAUGAGUAUAAAAACAAUAUUAACACAAUCUGAAGAUAAAUCCGAUUCGAAUUUAUCGAAAAACAGAGGACGUGGUGGUCCUGGUGGAGCAAAUUUAACAAAUACUAUUACAAUUUCUAAAGAAAAAUUAUGGUCAGCACUUGAAGGUUUAUUUGCUGAUAAGAUGUAUCAACAGUGUAAACAGAUAAAACUCUUGGAAAGCUUAUUGCUUGAAUUAACAAACUCCACAAAUUACGAAUCGUUGUCAUUGAAUUUCUGGAACAAAGCAAUUGAAACUGCUGUGAAUGAAAUGAAAAAUUCCUCACCAGUUUUUCAAAAUAUUUUCGAGGAGGAUUAUCCAUGUAUUUUAAAAUUAUACAGUGAAUUAACAAGAAAAUUAAAUACUAAAGAAUUUGUUCCCAAGCAAUCAAUGAUGGUCGCUUGGGAAAAUGUAUAUCUCUCAAAAUCGCUAUCGAAAUUUUUAGAUAAACUUACCGAAAUGUUUUCUGAACCAAAUACGUACCCAUCACAAGAAAAUAUUGAUGGUUUAACGCGUAUUAUAUCCAACGAAUUAAGCGUAGCUUUAAUCGAAGAAACAUUAAGCAAUGCAAUUGCAAAAAAUGUCGCCAAAGCAGUGAAAUCAUUUACAUUAAAAUGUGAAAAUAUUAUUUCUACAGCUCCUGAAACUGCCCAUACAAUAGGAGUUACAAACGCAUCACAGCAAUUUAACGUACAACUAGCUAACUCAAUGUUGUAUUUUAAAACACAGUUAAAUCGUAUGCUAACAAAUAUGAAUAAUACAUUAUCGAAAAAUACGGUACAAACAAUCGAACAAAGUUUGAAGAAUGUUGAUCAAGCUAUUUCAACAAUUAUUUCACCUCUUGUUGAUUCAAUUAAUAGUGCAAUUGAAACAAUAAUAUUAACAAUUCAUGCUGAGCCUGAUUGGAAUCGAUUACAAGUACCAACAAAGAAAUUAACGAUGAAUUGCAGCCCUUAUAUGCGUGAAUUGAUCGAAUAUAUUGCACGAGCCUACAAUGUACAUUUAUCACUAUUUAAUCCAUCAGAAGCUUUAUCAUCCAGUUGUGCAAGAAUAGCCAUACGUUGUAUCGAUCUGUUUAUACGACAUUCAUCAUUAGUACGUCCAAUCAAUGAAGGUGGACGUCUUCGAUUACAAGCCGACUAUCGUGAUAUUGAACAAGCACUAUGUGUUAUUUAUCCACAAUUACAGUCGUUAGGUACACCAUAUCGAUUAUUAAAAUCAAUGGGUACGUUAAUAACAUUACCGCCAUCAGAAGUUGUCCAAAGUCAAUUAGUUGGUAGUUCAGUACCGCAUAGUACAGUGUUGUUGAUGUUAUUCUCACAUGCUAGUCCUGAUUUACAAUCACCAUAUCAAACCACAAAUUGGAGUAUUGAAAAACUAUCAAAGUGGUUUGAUGAACAUACGGAUGAGAAAAAUAGGAUUGAAUUAAUAUCGGGCUCUUUACAAAACUAUUUAACCAAAGUGCGAAAAAACAAUGUAACUGUAUACGAUCCUGUAUAUGUAUUGAUGGCGAGUUUAAUAAAUAAUGAAUAA